CAAGAGCCCGCAUUAAAACCCUAAUCUUUACCUGUUCAUAAUCCAAACCAAAUCUCUGCUUCGGAUUUAAACCCUCCUUCAUGUCUUUCUUUUCCUUCAUAUUUUAAUCAAUUCGUAAAUGGCUUCCAAGCGUUCUACUCCUCUUGAUGAUCCUCCAUCUGCUUCGUCUGAUGAUGAUGAAACGGAGGACGAACAAGAAAUUUUGACACACAAAACAAACGAAGAAUCAUCAACUGAAGAAGAAGAAGAAGAAGAGGAAGAGGAAGAGGAAUCUGAAGAAGAACCCCAAAUCCAAAAUCCCCUUGAAAACCCUAAAAUCAAAAACCCUAAUUCAAAAGUAGUUGAAUCAUCAUCCGAAGAAGAAACACCUACUCAUGUGGAAACUUCUGUCGAAAACCCGAAAACCCUAACUCCCAAAUCGUCUUCGGUCUUCGACUUCGACGCGGAUCCUGAUUUCAAAUCGCCUACUGCUUCAGAUUUCGCUAUCAAACCUUCCAAAAAAAUUAAUGUUCAUGAAACCCCUGAAAAGACACCCGCAUCAAAGCGCCUUUUUUCUGAAUCAGAUCUCAAGGAGAAAAAGAAAAUCAAGGUCUCGAAUGGGGAUGUUGAUGAUGAAAAGAAGUCUGUCAUGAAAAGGGUUUGGAGCGAUGAUGAUGAGCUUUUAUUGUUGCAAGGAUUUAUCGAUUAUCAAUUGAAAAAAGGGUGUUCUCCCUUAUCGGAUAUGGAUGGUUUUUAUCAGUUUACGAUGGAUUCUCUUCCAGGGAAUGCUUCAAAGAGCCAAUUGUAUGAGAAAAUUAGGAGAUUGAAAAAGAAGUUCAGAGUUAACUCUGAGAAAGUGAGUAGUAAUGGUGAAGAUCAUGUGUUCCCUAAGCCGCAUGAACGUAAGCUAUUCGAGAUUUCAAAGAAGAUAUGGGGAAUUGAUGGGUGUGAGAGCGUUGGUGGAUCGAAUGCGAAUGUGAAAUCUAAAACUAAAACCAAGCCCAAAAUUGAAGUGAAAGAGGAGGAGGAUGAAGAUGAUGGAAGGGAAGCUAAAAUUCAAGAUUUUGAGACUUUGUAUCCAUAUUUGAAUGCUGGAUUGAACUUGCAAGUUUCAUCAUCUUUGAAUUUUCCGACGGGUGUUGUCCAUUUGAUCAAGGAAAAUUUGAGUUUGAUUGGGGAAGCUAAAGCAAAAGAACUGGAUGAGAAAUGGGAGGCUCUUUUUGACAAUGAGAUCAUGCUACGAAAGAGGAGAAUUGCAUUGCUCAGUAACGUAGCCGAUUUGGGGACAUCACUAGGUAAAUGAAUUACCUUUGACUCAUACAACUAUGAAACUUGUGCUUUAGCUGUUUAUCUUAGUACUCUGCUUUUUCCUUUUUGUAAUUUUAUCAUGUUCAAUUUAUGAUACCAUCUAUGGUUUGUUCAUUACCCAUGGCAUUAUCUUUGACUACAAAUCAAUCAUUUGAGCCUAAACUUACUCUGGAAGCUAC